AUGAACGGCGACACGGGGAGGAGAGACAUCAAGAACCACCUGCUGUUCGAGAUCGCAACCGAAGUGGCUAAUCGAGUGGGUGGCAUCUACUCGGUCCUCAAAUCCAAGGCUCCCGUCACGACAGCAGAGUAUGGAGAUCGUUAUACGCUUAUCGGACCCCUCAACAAGAACUCGGCCGCCGUCGAAGUCGAAGAACUUGAACCUCCGCCCGGCCCACUUCGAGAAACCAUAUCAUCCAUGCAGGAGCGCGGCAUCGAGAUCAUGUACGGCCGGUGGUUAAUCGAAGGCGCCCCACGAGUCCUGUUGAUCAACACGGGGACAGGGUACCGCUGGCUGGAUGAGUGGAAAAGUGAUUUAUGGUCCAUAGCCGGUAUUCCAUCCCCUGCUGGAGACCACGAGUUAAAUGAAGCUAUUGUAUUUGGGUACCUGGUCGCUUGGUUCUUGGGCGAGUUCAUUUCCCGCGAGACUGGUCGCGCAGUCAUUGCCCAUUUCCACGAAUGGCUUGCUGGAGUUGCUCUUCCCUUGACCAAGAAACGUCAGAUGGACCUGACCACGAUCUUCACGACACAUGCCACUCUUCUCGGACGUUAUUUGUGUGCCGGGUCUGUCGAUUUCUACAACAAUCUGCAAUUCUUUGACGUGGAUGCGGAAGCAGGAAAACGGGGAAUCUAUCACAGAUAUUGUGUCGAAAGAGCAGCUGCUCAUAGCGCGGACGUCUUUACGACUGUCUCACACAUCACCGCCUUUGAGAGUGAGCAUCUACUGAAACGGAAGCCUGACGGUGUCUUGCCCAAUGGGUUGAAUGUCAAAAAGUUCUCGGCCGUCCACGAAUUCCAGAAUUUGCACGCUGUGCAGAAAGAGAAGAUCCAUGAGUUUGUGCGUGGACACUUCUAUGGCUAUCUGGACUUUAACCUGGAUGAUACUCUGUACUUCUUCACAGCUGGAAGAUACGAAUAUCGCAACAAGGGCGUCGAUAUGUUCAUUGAAUCCUUGGCUCGAUUGAAUCACAGACUGAAGGUCGCGGGAAGCAAGACAACUGUCGUCGCAUUCAUUAUAAUGCCCGCGCAGACAACUUCUCUUUCCGUGGAUUCUCUGAAAGGCCAGGCUGUCACCAAGGCUCUGGCCGACACCGUGUCGAACAUUGAGGGAGGCAUUGGUCGGAGAUUAUUUGAGAGAUCUGUUCACUGGAAAGAAGGAGAUCCAAUGCCGGAUGACAAGGAGCUUAUCACUCCCGCAGACCGUGUCCUGCUCCGACGUCGACUCUUCGCCAUGAAACGACACCACCUCCCCCCGAUUGUCACCCACAACAUGGUGAAUGAUGCUGAGGAUCCUGUUCUCAAUCAACUGCGCCGAGUCCAAUUAUUUAAUCAUCCUUCCGAUCGUGUCAAGGUUGUAUUCCACCCUGAAUUCUUGAAUUCCGCCAAUCCCGUGCUCUCCUUGGACUAUGAUGACUUCGUUCGAGGUACUCAUUUGAGUGUAUUCCCUUCUUACUACGAACCUUGGGGAUAUACUCCCGCAGAGAGCGUUGUUAUGGGCGUCCCAUCGAUCACUACGAACCUUUCAGGCUUUGGAUGCUACAUGGAGGAGCUCAUUGAAAACCCCUCUGAUUAUGGUAUCUAUAUCGUGGAUCGACGGAUGAAGGGAGUUGAUGACUCUGUCAAUCAAUUGACCGAUUGCAUGUUCCAAUAUACGCAAAAGAGUCGAAGGCAGCGAAUCAAUCAACGGAACCGUACUGAGCGCCUCAGCGAUCUCCUGGACUGGAAGCGCAUGGGAAUGGAGUAUAUCAAGGCACGACAGCUAGCAUUGCGACGCGCAUAUCCUGCGUCGUUCGACGACGUCGACGACUUUGAUGAUAUGAUUGGAGGAACCGAGAUAAAGAUUUCCAGGCCCCUGUCUGUUCCAGGAUCUCCCAGGGACCGUACUGGCAUGAUGACACCUGGUGACUUCGCGUCGUUGCAGGAGGGCAGGGAAGGUCUCAGUACGGAGGACUACAUUGCAUGGAGAUUGCCGUAA